UAACAUUUCGCCCCUACGGGAUGAAAGUAUCCAAGUUAGCCGAUCGCUAGCUGAGUUAGCUGGUCCACAGUUAACAACAGCUGCUCGCUUGCGACGAUAGCUCGGGAGCUAAUGUCGAUGGAAUCCCUCGGCAUGCUUCACGGUGAAGGGGUGAUCCGAGUCGCACAUUCGCCUGGGGGAUUUGACGACCCAACGUGCUCCGCGUUCAACGCGCUGUCGCGGAGUAGAUGGGAAGGUGUCUGCUUUUUGUUGACCAUCCACUUUCUUCAGAUGAGGUGAUCCCACGCGCAGCCGUCUGCUGCUGUCCGGCUUGUUCUAUAUAGUCUAUGGCCACAAUGCAUGGACAAUGAUAAUGACAUCUUAGACUAGGAAUGUGGAUGGAAACUUCCUCCUAAUAUCUAACUGCAAUUACAAGUAAUCCCUUGGCAACUCCCUGGAGUGGUGCAACAUUUGCCAUUUCACCCCAUAAUCCACCAUGUCACUACCAAACGAAUCAGGGAACCGAGGGAAGGAUCGAGAGAGGGGGGCCCGUCCCAAGGUGAGACAGAGCCGGUCAGAGGAGAGACGAGAUACAGGACGCAAAGUUGGAAAGGGAAAGAAAAAAGGCCUUGCCUGCCACGAACCAGCAGCUGAGCGACCAGUCAGUGAUGGCUUUGAGUAUGGUCAGCUGUUAAGUGACGCAGAGACCAGGGAGCAAUCUUCCUCUUCUCCUCGGAAGGAGAGUUGGAGAUGGCAGGGUUUGGAAGUCACUACAUCUUUACUAGGACAAGAACAUGCGACAGCCAGUCCAGGACUGGGAACAGUCAGCUCUGUCAACUUGUUACCCCCACCAAGUGAAGGUGACAGCAGAGGGUCAAGCAGCAGUCGCACUCUCCGGCAAAAAAUCCAAGAUGCCAUGGGACAGUGUUUCCCAAUAAAGACACACACUGCAGCAUCAGCACCAGCACCACAGGCUCUAUCAUCAUCAGCAUCAUCAUCAACCGCCUGCGCCUCCUCAAAGCGUAAGAUCCAUCUCAGUGAGUUGAUGUUGGAUGACUGCCCUUUCCCUGUAGGAUCAGAGCUGGCUCAGAAGUGGUAUCUCAUUAAGCAACACACAGCCCCCAUCACCAAGCCUCCUGUGCUUGAUUCUGCAGUAGUGUGCAGCGCCCCAACUCCUGCUGUGGCUACUGUGGUGGAGGAUGUAGAUGAUAGGUUGCGAGAGCGCAGGCGCAUCAGCAUCGAACAAGGUGUUGAGCCACCACCAAAUGCAGAGAUCCACACAUUCGAGGUGACGGCCCAAAUUAACCCUCUCUACAAGCACGGCCCUAAGCUGGCUCAUGGUAUGAAUGAGUUGGCCGGCGCUGACAGAGCCUCUGUUGAUCAGCAGCAGCAGCAGCAGCUUCUUCUCCAAAGUCAACAGCAGCAGCAGCUUCUUCUCCAAAGUCAGCAGCAGCACCAGCUCCUACUGCAGAGCUGUUUGGACACUCUGGAUGAGGUGGUGGCCUCAGCCUCAGCCUCAGCCUCAGCCUCAGCGUCGGCCUCUGUGCACACCAGUGAUACUGUCUCUGACCCGCCGGUUGACCCAGAGGUGACGGGGACCAGUGUGCCCUCUAAGGUUGUUGUUCAUCAGACUGAGCAUGACAAAUCUCAAGAUGGCUACCGCAUUCACACUCAGAUUGAUUACAUUCACUGUUUAGUUCCAGACCUGCUGAAGAUUACCAACCUGUCGUGUUACUGGGGGGUCAUGGACCGCUACGAGGCAGAGACGCUGCUGGAGGGAAAGCCCGAGGGCACGUUCCUCCUGCGGGACUCUGCCCAGGAAGACUACCUCUUCUCUGUUAGCUUCCGCCGCUAUGGCCGCUCACUACAUGCACGCAUUGAACAGUGGAACCACAAUUUUAGCUUUGAUGUGCAUGACCCCAGCGUCUUCCACGCCUCCACGGUUACCGGAUUGCUGGAGCACUACAAGGACCCAAACUCUUGCAUGUUCUUCGAGCCGCUGCUUUCCAACCCCAUCCACCGCACACAGCCCUUCAGCCUGCAGCACAUCUGCCGAGCAGUCAUCAGCAGCUGCACCACCUAUGAUGGCAUUAACUUGCUUCCCAUUCCAAAUGUGUUGAAAAAGCACCUGAAAGAAUACCACUAUAAGCAGAGAGUACGUGUGCGGCGAAUGGAUACCUGGUGGGAAUGAAGAACAACAAAAUAAACUAUUAAAUAUAUUUUUACACAAGUCUCUCCAAACUGAACUGGACUGGACUUGUUCUUCACUCUGCCUUGCUGUAUUAACCUACACUGCACUGUAAUAAUUUAUUUUAUUCCUGCUGUACAUGUUUUAACAAUUGUGAACUACACUGACGAGACUAAGCAAUCUGACUGAUCUUGUACACUCCGAGUUCUUUGUGCUCAGAUUAAACAAAUGUAUUUAGAUGCGUGGUUGUCAGAGAGCUACCCUCCCAUCAUCUGAUCAUCUGCGUUUCCAAGUGUGACUCAAUCAGCUUUAUUAUCUGACGAUGUGAGGAAAGUGUCUUACUGGAAAUCAAAAUGAUUAUAAUAAUAGAGUUGUUCAUCAGUCACAUGCUGGGAAGGUGGAACACACGCUGACAUGGUUAAUUCCUUCAUGUUACUGAGGUGUGGACGUGCAGCAAGUCUGCAGUAUUAAUCACUGUUUCCCACAAUGAUCCCAGGAAAUUCUAAAGGGGGUGAGAGGAAGCUGUGUGUCCUACCUGUGCUUAUUAUGAACGAGAAUGCUCGCUCCAAAAAAGAUAUUUGUCACACCGAAAUCAUGAUUACACGCUCGCAUUAUUUUUCAGUCUUAGAGUUUAAUUGCAGAGAAAGAUGCAGAGGGAUAUUGCACAACUAGUAGUAAAUGAAAUGCCAUAUGUUGAGAUUCUACUUCAUUUGUUUGUUUGAUUUUCCCCACAUCAUAAAACCAUCUGUUGCUUCUCCUGAGGUUAAAUUCCACACAGCGCUUGCUUGCGGUCUUCAUUAGUUUUGAAAUAAGGGAUCAAAUGUAAAGGUGAAGGUGAUCAAAAUCUGUCUACUGUGCUGUUCUAAAUUUAGUGAAAAUGAAAUUUAGUAGACAUUUUUAGUCUUAUCGUUUAUUUAAAUAAUUUUUCAUGUAUUUGUGUAAAGACCCAGAUCCUUAAAUAAUAAAAAGAAGCUUGUUGCUGUUA